GGGUUCUGUUUGUCUCUUCUGUGUCCUGUUUGGCUCAGCCCCCUGUCAGUUAUGGGGGCUUAAAGACAGUGGGCUGAUUAAAGUAGAUUACUGGGGGGAGAGGGGGAGAUGGUCUGCUGGCAUCUCACUCUAGUCACCAGAGCGAUGGCUUCACCAUGGAAACAGCGCUGCAUCCUCCUCCUCCUUUCCUUCCUUCUCCUACAUCUGCAGCCGUCAGCCUGCAUCGACCAGCAACCUGCUCUCAGGUGGGUGAAGAAACAAAAAAAAAGGCAGAAAUGGUUCCUGUCUGACUUAACUGCUUGUUGUGGUUGUUUUUGACCUCUGGCAACUCUCUAAUCUUUGACUCCUGACACGUUCAGCUCUGAGAUUAGUGAUGUGUCACUGCUCUGUUGUCAAAGAGUCCCUGAGGGUACUUUUGCUGAUUGUGUUUGCUCUUGUACAGCUGCAUUAAGUGAUAUGUAUGCAGAGGCAAAAGAACAAGCUGUAGACCAAAAACCUGGCAUUUAAUCAACUAAUUAUGUUUUUUAAAAAAUAUGUAUAAGCAGUGUUAUCUUUUCCCCCUUUUUUAACUCCACUUUGGUCUCCACCAUCUCCUGAGAAACAUUUCCGUCAAAUUGGCUGCAGAUGCUUUGGUGCAAUACAUUUCUAGAAGCUCCUUUGCUGCUAAGAGUACUAUGGCUGAACCAUAUUGUAAAUGAGGCCAUAAAGAGGCUGAAAUGUUCUUGUGGUUUCCUUAGGUGUGUAAUUAAACAAGAGCUAAAGGGAGGGUAAACAGGAGGCAGAUUCAAAUAGACAUAAACCCCAGUAUCUUCAGUUGUGGUGCUGCACAGCCGACAUCUAUUCAGAUGUUUUCAGAAAUUAAAAUAUGGAAAAUCUAAAUGUAGCUUUUAUUUCAAGGUCUUUUCCUAAAUACAGAAUUUCAUUUGCCAAGAGGUGCAAAGAAAAGGGAUACAACUAUAUUUGUGCCCUGAGCAGCUCCUUAUUUUUUACUUAUCAAAAGUUACACUGAAUAUCAUGUCUUUAUGCUUAUAGUUGCCUCAAAGUAAUGAUAUCACAACCAUGUAUGUCCUGUAGCUGUAUUUAUUUCCCCAUAAUUUUUACCUAGCGGAUAAAUACAACCAGAGUUUAAUUAUACUGAAAAGCUGCAAAACACAACAUAGCAUCUAAAAUUGGGAUCCUGCAGGAUAAUGGAAAAAAUGCAUUAUGAUGUUUUCAUCCUGGGAUAUUUACUGCAUUGUGGUGUGUUUUUAUGCAGAGAUAUGAUAGUAAAAAUUAACAACAGCACUUCUUGUAUUUUUGACUUUAAGGCUUUUUCCCUCUGGUAAAACUGAACAUAUCUCUUAUUUUUACCAUGCAAGGUUCCGCUCUUUACAACCCUAAGGCUAGUCUUAGAUUUGGAUAUGCAGUUUGCAGUAAGAAUGUUCCGCAUUGUGGCAUUAUCAUCAAAAGUGCUAAACAGAUAAUGAGAGUGCAUAUCAGCCAGAGUGUCUACAGUUUCUUUAUGCAUCUGCUGCACCUCCUGUUUAAGAUGUUACCUGUGUUUGUGACAUGUUCCUCCUGAAUCCAAGAUACACAAAAAGGAUUUUUUUACAUCUCUAAAUCAACACCAGUGAAAUAAGCGUGCACACUAACAGUGUGUUUGUAUCAGAGAGUUAAGAGAGGACAAAGACGAGGCGGGUCUGAUCUUCUUAAACAGAGCAUCAGAAUUUUACAAACAUUGGCAUCAGACAUGAAAUAAGAGCAUUAAGUAAAUCCUUCAACGUAAUUAAGCUUUUUGCAGAGUCGUUUGAUUUUUAUCAUCCAUUGAACAGGAUGAAAACAAAUUAAAUUAAUAAAUAUAUACAAAAUCAGAUGGUAAUGAUGUGGCUCUUACUCUGAGUUUUUAGGGAGUGGAUAAUUCAGCUUUUUAUCAUGUGCUAUUUUUUACAGUGUGCAGCUGAUGAUUGUAAAAAAAAAAAAAAGAGAGAGAAACUGUAAAAUCUUCUUUUGGCUGAGAGCCACCCUUCCUUCAUGACCCUAACUUUGUGUGCGUGUGUGUAUGCAUGCAUAUGUGUGUGCGUGUGUGUGCGAUUGCAUCAUUAUGUAAUCAAUGCAAUCCUUCUGACUCAAUAAGGCUAAACCAUUUUGGCUGCAGAGCGUCACAGAGAAAGAGAGAGAGAGGGUUGGGGAGGAUUUGACGGCUAUAGGCGUCAUGCUGUAAACAGAGAAGGUUGAAAAUAUGUUAUAUGCUGAUAAAUAUGUGAAACACGUUUUAAUCUUCAUCUACUGAGAGGAUUUACACCCAGAGAGUCUGCGGGUGGAUGAAGCAGCGCUGGGUUCAUUUAGAUUAGAUGUACAGAUUAUUAGGUACAAAGCUGCACGCUCCUAUCUGACAGUGAGGAGUGGACAGAGCAGCUAUUUCUAGUUUAAUUUGGUCAAAUCUUCAUGUAGUCAGAAAUUUCCAUGAUUGUUUUACCAUAUUCUGUUAAAGCUCCUGUGAGGAGAUUUUAGAUGGUUAUAAAAUGGACUGAAAUUAACACAGAGGCUUCUUUAUGAACUAUCAAAGAAAAUAAGGCCAUUGGCAAACAGAUAGAAAACUUCCAUUUUGGUAUUUUUCAAGCCUUUAAUUGUGUUGAGGGGGUGGUGUCAGCAAAAUGAAGAAAAAGCAUUUAAAAACUUUAUUCACAACAAAUACUCACAUUUAUUGAUUAUUGUUUGACAGCAGUUUAAGACUUCCUAAAAUUAACUGUAAUUUGAUAUUUAAUGUAAUUAGCCAAAUUAAUGCAAUUUCAUUAUAAUGAACUUUCAGGAAUAGUUAAUGCAUACUGGUAUUUUCUAUGCUUGAAAAAAAAUAACCUUUCCAAGACAUUUUUUAUCAUCACCUUUAAAACAAGAGGGUGAGGAUAAUUUGACAUAAUCUUAGGUGGUGAGUCCUAUAAGGGCAGAUGGUGAUAUCCACUCACCAGUAUGGUUUUAGUAAAUCUUGCAUCUUUUUCUAGUUUGAAGGUAAACAGAUACCAUGAACAACUUUUACUGUUCAUAAACAUGAUAUUUAAACUAAUUUCAACAUUUUAAAGCUCCUGUGAGAAGUUGGACAAACAGACAUGUUUUUACAUUUUUCAUAUAACAUGUUCACGAUAGUUAAUAAAUUAAACCCCCAAACAUUCGCUGGAUGAACUGAAGAGUAUAGAGUUUAGGAAAAGCAAUGACUGCCUUGUCCACAGGAGGCGCCAAAAUAGACAUGAACCAAAAGUUCCUCACAGGAGCUUUAAUCAAAAAUGUCUUUAGGUUAAUUUAACCUGUUUCCAGGACUGUUGAUCAAAAAAGUGAUCGAACCACACCGACAUACAGUCCUGGUUAAGCAUGAGCUGAAAACUGCAACGCUGUUUGAAUCUAAAUAGCAAAUGCAGUGUGCAUUGUGACCCGUGUAGGAGUAAAGAGGAGGUGGUCUUCAGCAGAGACCCCAGGAGAGCAGGUCAACAAAAUGCCAACCUACACAAUACCAAACCUCUUACUUUAAAACCUCACUUUAUCAAACAUUUUCCCUUUGGAGGCAUUAAAGGACAAACACUAGUGAAAUCCUGUUUCACAAAAACAUGAAAAAAUAAACCGUAAACCCACCAGAGUGUUUUGCAGAAUCAAUCAGAGCUGCUGUAUUGUGUUAAGCUGAUUCUCCUGUUGAAUCUUGGUCCAUUAUUUUAAGUCUUACUUCCUGUAAUCUGGGUUAGAGUGGGUCAUCGCUGCAAUAGUACAUCUCUGCUGCAGAUUGAUCAUUCUGUCUGUUACCUUAAACACUAAUCCACAGGGUCACAUGGGUCACUGGACUACACAGAUGCUUUCUGGGUAGCAGAAAUAUCACAUCCAUCUCCUGGUCGCUCUCUCCUCUGUUUCAGAUUUCAUAAUGUGACAGCUCCAUUUAUAAAUACAGAUUCCUGAACUUUCCGUAAACAUGGAGCUUUAAGUUGGUUUAAAGGGGACGUGAACUUUAUGGAGCAUGUUAACCUUUUGUAGCAGACACUGGUUAACAUGAGGGACUGUUUAAUAAAAGAAUAAUACUUCAUAGAGUGGUGCUUGUGAGCUAGUUUGGGCAGGUAACUCUGGCUGCACUGAUUUUGCUUUUUUGCAUCCAUCAUCUCACAAUCACUUGUCCAAAAAUAUCAAGGCAGUUUGAUAUCUAUUUUAUCGUUUUUUUAAAUGCAUCGAUUUGAAGCCUCUGUUGUAGCAUUCAGUAGUGUAAAAUAGAAAACGAACGCCUGAAAUUUCUGAUUCAUUGAUGCUUCUGCCUCUUCUCUUCACAGUGCUGCUGUUUCUUCUCAUUACAGUAAGUAUCUAUCUAUCUAUCUAUCUAUCUAUCUAUCUAUCUAUCUAUCUAUCUAUCUAUCUUUGUAUCUAUUCAAACACCCUUACAAACAAAACAGAUGCAUUUGUGUCUUUGCAAACCACCAUUUUUCCAACGAACUGUAAAAAUGGAGCACUCACUGGCUCUUCCUUAUAAUGAUUUAUUUAAUUUCCUGCGAGAUUUCAUCCUGUCGUCUGUCUUUGCAGAUGAAGGAGCGGCACACCGUGAAGACGGACUGUGGACUGAGGAGAGUUUUUCACCAGGAGAGGAUCCCUCCAGACUUCUGCAGGUAGACUUGUAAAGGUUUUCUUAGAGGGCGACAACAGUGGUGAAAAAACAGACACACAAGUGUUUAAUUUAAAAAUAAACUACAGAUUUACUUUCUUUAAGAUCCAGGUAUAGUUGCUGGUGUUUGCAUUUGAAUAAAUCUUCUUAAUAAAAAGAUUUUUCAACUGAUGAGUGUCAUGAUUUAAGGUCUCAACAAAGUAGUGCUUUGUCAGAUAAGUUAGUUCUUUUCUUCUUCUCCUCCUCUCUCACCUCCUCCUUAGACUCCAGAUGUUUCUCGGAGGAGGUUACUUCAGGCCCCAGGAGCUGCACUUCCUUUCCCUCCCCUCAAGGUGACGCUCUGCAGAAUUAACCAUCCAUUAUCACUGUGUAAAGAGUCACAGGAAGAAACAUUUUCACAGUAAUCUUGUGUAUAGACAGUCACUUUAAACCAGUUUUGAGGUUUACAUUCCCCCCUCUCACAUUUGUCCACUGGCUCAUUUUCAAACACAGUCUGUGCUGACUCACAAACUCUUCUCAUUCUCGUAGUCCCAUUCCAUGUUGUCGUCCAGUAACACAACUGUCUCCGCCCACCAGGUGUUGUCCAAUGGGGAGCCAUGCCUCUUGUUCCAGGCUAGAAAACUGUCUCUACGCUUUGAGAAGCAGAAGCAGCUGGACCUGACAGAGAGGACGUUUUCUCCUCUAAAACCUGUCGACACUAGCAAGUCUGUCUGCAGCCUGGAUAAGGCCACGUACGAACACCUGUCUUUCCCCAUGACCCACCUGCUCACCUGUCUCAUGAAAAUGUGCUGUCUUUGAGACGUUUUCAAUUAAAUUCAGGCUUUAACUGAUUUGCAAUGAACCUAGUGCCUCACCUUUAACAGAACUGAGGUUGUAUUUGUACGGUUAGACACAUGCAGAAAGUCCACAUAAAUAGUGACUAUCACCAGUGUCAGAGGAGGGUGGAUCAUGAAACAGAGCAGCAGAAGGUCUCAGUUUUUGUCUCUCAAGUCAGUGUGUUUGUCUCCCUUCAUCAUCAGGCUGGUCAUGAGGUUUGGAGAUGUGGAGGAUUUGAGAGAUCUGACCAUCAAGUUAGUCAUUCUGGCACUUUUUAUUCAGAUCAUACUUAAUAUUUUCCAUUUGAAUCUGGACUGAUUGUCUCUUCUCCUUCGUCUGAUAUCAGACUGCAGCUGUCCAACACUUUCUACGAGUCUUCGGGUCAGUGGUGGUUCUCGGUGGACGGCGUGUCUCUGCUCUACAACAAAUCUGAAGAGGCUGUAUUCAACGCCUCCGAGAUGUACGCUCCUGCCUCCUCCUCCUAUCACUGCCUCCAUGUCAGCAGUCUGCAGCGCCACAGCGCCCUGCUGUUGCCAAGCACUGAGCAUGCACGCCGCUGGAGUGUCACCUUCACCAACUUCCAGGUACCUGUUAUUUUUUUCAUCCAGUUUAUAAAAAUUCUUUGUUAAGCACCUAAUGUUUAAAUAAAAACAUCUGUAAAUUCCUGUUGCAAAUCUAGAUGUUCAAGAAAACCAGGAAGAGCAGACAUCUAACAAAUGUCAUUCUGAGACUAUUAUCCUGUUCCCUCACAUUUUUGAUUCCCAAGAGGAUUCAUGUGGGACCAUGAACUAAGCCCUCUUAAAUGUCCUCUCCUCAGAUUCAGGCAUUCAACAUCACCUCUGGUAAAUUCUCUCCUACGAGUGACUGCGCCACCUUCCUGACACCCGCCAUCCUGAUGGGCCUCAUCACGUCCCUCAUCCUGCUGCUGGUCCUGGCCUACGCCCUGCACAUGGUCAUCCACCUGAAACACAUCGAGCACGAAGACGAACACAAGGCCCAUGUCUACUACCCUCCGAACUCUGAACAGCUGGAGCACUGCUGUGUGGAAAACACUGCAGACAAAAAUGUGCUGUAGUGACACCCUGCAGACGAUCAGAGACUGAAACACAUAAAAAUAUGGUGACAGCUUCUGUUGUGGUAAUAAUUACUCAGCUCAGGAGUAGAUUUUUAAAAAUAUAUAUUUCUAUCAUUUUUUAUUUGCUCAUCAGUGAGUUUCUGUAUUUGAGAGUUUAAUAAAAACAUCAAUAAACGCA